AUGGCGAGAAACAGUGAAGACGAGGAAGGGGUCGUCGCGGGGGCCGUCGUUAGCGAAAGGAAAGGGAGGCGGCGGGGUGGUCUUCGUUUGAGGCUGGGUCGACGCGAAAGGAAAGGGAGGCGGCGGGGUGGUCUUCGUUCGAUGCUGGGUCGACGUUCGAGUGCGAGUGCGGCGGAAAGGGGGAAGUCGUCGACUCGAGUGCGGCGGAGCGGGGGAAGUCGUCCACGAGUGCGGCGGAGCGGGGAAAGUCGUCCACGAGUGCUGCUUCAAUCGGCGGAAAGGAGGUUCGUCGAGAAGAGCAGAAACCCUAAAUGGGUUUGA